UGCCACACACUAAUGCGAUUGUGUGGCUACCAUUUGUGAAUGAAGCAUCGUUGUCAACUAAAGACCUUUUCCUUUUCCCAUUUGCUGCUUUAACAAGUUUUUUUUUUUGUCAUUAAUCUCCGCUCCCUUUCUCUCCAACAAACGGUACUAAAGGACUCAAAGUACCUCAAAAAGUAGGAAGGCUCCAUCAGGACAGCAGUAGCUGCUGCUAGAUCAUUUUCUACUUGCAAGAUGGGAUUGAACUUCUUACCUUCCUGCUCUGUGUGAGGUUCUUCUUCUUGCUCUGUUUAAGCAACAUAACGAAGCCAUGGCUUGCAGUAUUGAUGGCCUAACAAGGAGCUCUCAUGAUUUGGAAUCAAAAUGAAGUCAAACACUUCAUCACUUUCUCCUGGAACCAGUCUCGCCUCUGCUGAAUCUUUAUCCAUGCCUCUUGUUUUUCCAGGAAGUUGUUCUCUCUGCUGAUAUAGGAUGCACUGAAUGCCAAGAGAGACUUGCAGACAUGAUGUCAAAAUUGGGUGAGAUAGAGUCUGUUGUGGUGAAUGCAUUGGAGAAGAAGGUUACACUCAUUUGCAGAUAUCCCAGAGUAGCCAAAGUACCGGCCCGUCCGCUAGUUGCUGCUGUUUACAGGAACCCUCUAAACAAAUUUGCCUUGAUUAAACGGAUAUUUCGUUCUUCCUCAAGUUGAUCAAUUCCAAGCCAGAUUGAGAAGUCCAAGAUGCUAUGGGAAAUUCAAAUCAGAAGUCUUCCUAAUUCCUUCAAUUGGAUUGGACAUGAAUAUUAGUUUUUCUCCCUGAUUAAUCGAUGAUUGGUACAUACUUAAGUUGGUGGUUUGGUUCCACAUUUUGUAAAUGAAUUUUUAUAGAAACGUAUAGUAAAAUAAGUGGGACAUAUUGGUAGAUUGAUUGGGCAAAAUCCUUGACUUGUUGUUCUGUUACUGUGUUUGUUUGAAAAAGAGAUGGUUGGAAAAACUGGAUCCUGAGAGGGGCCUUAAAUUUUCUUUAAUAGAAACCUUUGAGUUCAAGAAAGAGAUGCUUUCUAAUGUUGCUAUGCAAAAGUGAUGCUUAGCCUUGCCAUUGUGACAGGAAACAGACAAAUAUUUAUAAUGAAGUUAAGGAUAUAUAAUAAGCCGCACAGAAGAAACAAAAAGCCUCUUUUUCAACUUCAAGCAUAGUCAGAUUCCAAAACGAAAAGGAAGAAUUUCGGUGGGAUGAUUCAAAAGUAGAAUAUCAAUUGGUUCACAAUCUUUCAUAUUCCCAAUAUUCCACAGCUGCCUUUUCCAUUUACCUUUCUCCAGUCAUCAAAACAACCCAAAAUUUCAUUUCAGGUCCUGGCAUUUCCAACUUCAUGGCAGGAAAGGCAAGUUCUGUGGCAUCUUUGUCUGUCUCUUCCUUGUCAAGCUUACAUAAUGUCUCAAAGGUUAAAUUUCGUCUUUCCAAAAAAAGAAGAAGAUUUCUGAUGGGGCUAUAUAUCUGUUUUUGGUUUUUUCUUGGGUACAAUUGCAGUAUUUUUGCAUGGCGAUGAGGCUCAAUAUUGACUGCAAUGGAUGUUGCAGGAAAGUAAGGAGAAUACUUCUAAACAUGAAAGAAAUAGAGACACAUUUGAUUGAGAAGCAGCAGUGCAGGGUAAGUGUGAGUGGGAGAUUUGUACCAGCAGAUGUGGCAAUAAAGAUGAGAAAGAAGAUGAACCGUCGAGUUGAAAUUCUGGAAAUUCAAGAGCUCGAUGGCACCACUGAACAAAUGGAGCAAAGGGCUAUGAUUGCUACUUGUAAAACACAUCAAUUAUAUUGUUAGGGUAAAUUUACUUUACCAGGUGAUUUGUUUUCCCUUUUUAGUGUGAAUACAAAAUUUACCUAGCAGUUAGUAA